CAGAUUGCUUUUCUCAGGCGGAGCAGAGGGUGGCUGUUGCGCUCGGUUGCUGUGUGGGGGGAUAGAUUGCUCGCUCGCUCUCUCGCUCGCUCUCUCCCCCUGAGCAAGAGCACCCGAACGAAAAGCAGCGCCGAGCCUAAGCUUGAGGCUCACUGCCGACCUUUUCCUGCAGGAACUCCAUCCGUUUCCCAACCAUGUCUGUUGAGCUGGAAGAAGCUGACCUGCCCCUGACUGAGGCAGAAGAGGCGCCUCUGGCCCCGGAGAAGAAAGGCGCUUCCAAGAAAGCCAAAGGCGGCGUCGGCGGCUCGACUCUCUCCCCCUCCAAGAAGAAGAAAAACAACAAGAAAAAGAACCAGCCGGGCAAGUACAGCCAGCUGGUGGUGGAGUCCAUCCGCAAGCUGGGCGAACGCAAUGGUUCCUCGCUGGCCAAAAUCUACAACGAAGCCAAGAAAGUGGCCUGGUUCGACCAGCAGAACGGGCGCACCUACCUCAAGUACUCCAUCAAGGCGCUGGUGCAAAACGACACCUUGCUCCAGGUGAAGGGGACGGGCGCCAACGGCUCCUUCAAGCUCAACAAGAAGAAGCUCGAGGGGGGCAGCGAAGGGGGCGCCGGCGGCGGCGGCGGCGCCUCCCACGCCAAGUCACACAAGAAGGCGGUCGCAGCGCCCGCUUCGCGGAAGGUCGAGAAGAAGCCCGUCGCCAAGAGCAAAAAGAUGGAGAAGAAAUCGCACAAGAAAGGCGCCGGCGCUGCCGCCGCCAAGAAGGACAAGGUGAAAGCCAAGAAGACGGCCAAGAAAAGCACCGCUUCGCCCAGCGCGAAGAAGGUGAAGAAGUCGGCGAAGCCCAAGGCGCUCAAGAGCCGGAAAUGAGCCUCGCCAGGGGUGGGGAAGGGGAAGGGGCAGCGUCGCUCGUCCUUCUGCCCAGGACUAUUGAGCCCCAAGACACGGACUUUUAGCUCGAAGCACAGAGCCGCGUUACCCGCUUCGGUUUUGUUUCUGCAGCUUUUUUUUUUUUCUGGGGGAGGGGUGGGGGUGGGGCUGGUUCAAUAGCACUCGUUUCCUCCAUAAACACGAUCCCGAUUGUGAGUCUCGUUUGAGGAGUGGGCUGUACGGUGUUUGUCCCCCCACCCUUUUUUAAAUAAAUAAAUGGGACGUUGACGCCACGGGGGGGAUUAUUUGGGCUUGGAUUUUGGCAAAGCGGUUUAAAAAAUCGCCCCCAAAUCCCGGCGAGAUAUACGCCCCCUCCUUGCCACCAGCUCCCCAUUUCUGCGGGGAGAGGCGCUCUUUUGAAUGGCUUCCCGAAGUUUGAACACCCGUCCAGGUCGACCCCCGCCCCCAGCACUUCGAGGGCCGUGGCGCCAUGGCAACGGCCCAUUGGCUGCGAGAGCGGCUGGGACGGCGCUUGGCUGAAGUGCAGGCAGCGUUCCAUGUGGGGGUGAGCGGGCGGCCGCCUGGGACCAAGCGACCAGCAGCGUGGCUGGUCCGGUCGUGGAGAGACCUGCACGGUCACUGCGGGGGCGGGAUACCUAUAUAUAUAUAUGGUCAAACCUAGGGAGGGAGGGGUGGCGGCGGCUAGAAUUGCAGUGCUCCCCUGCAAGAUCUUGUUACUGCCUUUUCGGGUCUCUUCUUCAAUUGCCUUUUUAAAAAAAUGUUUCCUUUGUGUUUUUUGUUUGGGUUUUUUGUUCAAUAAAUCGUUUAAAACAGUU